AUGAGAGCUUUCUCACCUAGGCGUUCCCAAAGCACGUCUCCUUAUGAAAACUCUCCGAAUAGUUAUGCUGCAUAUCAGAAAACUAUUCAGACAUACCAAGCUCAAGUUCAAGAACUUACUGAUCAAGUUAGAGAUUUGGAAUCUCGUUUAGAUCAAUCAUAUAACACACAAACACAAAUGUUUGAUUCGGAUACAGAGAAUCAAUCAAUCCAACAAACAUUACAAGAAAGAAUAAGGCAAUUAUCACAAAGAAAUUCGGAACUCAAAAAUUCUCGUAUUAAUUCUCCAGCAGUUUCAUCAACUAAAAGAUCAGCUUCAAUUGCAAAUCCAGAAGCACAAAGUGCAAUUGAAAAACUUCGUGAAGAAAAUGAAACGAUGAGAAAAGAAAACAAGCUUCUUGCAACAAAACUCCAAGCAAUUACAGAGAAGUAUAAGUCAAUUAAAGAAAAAGACAGAACACUUCUGGAUAACUACAAAGUUGCUUCGAAUAAAUUCCGUGAAAUGCGUAAUAAGUAUGAAUCAAACAUCAGACAAUACGGACAAGUUGUUGAUUCUAAGAUGGAAACUGAUCAAAAGCUUGUUGAUUUGAUGCAACAGCAGCAAAAUUUGUUGAAUCAGAAAAACGAAUUAGAAGCGAAACUUAACGAAGUUACAACAAAUAACGAAUCAUUAGCUGCUAAGAAUAAGAGUCUCGAAAAGCAAUACAGAGAUUUACAAAAUCAAGUUGAAGAUCUUAACAAUCAGAAUAUCGACCUUCAAAACGAGGCGGAAUCGGCCAAAAACUCUGCCGUUAAAGUCACACGCGCACUCAAAAAAGCUGAGCGUAAAUUGGCUAAGAACGAGCAACAAAUUGAAGAACAUGAAAGGAUUCAUAAAGAACAUCAAGAAGCUCAUGAAGAAUCAAACAAGCAACUUCAAGAAUGCACGAAAUUAUUACAAUCCGCUCAAGAAAAGCUCAAAGAACUCCAAUUAGAAAAUAAUGAUCUUAAAAAAGCGAACAACAAGCUUACAAGAGACAACACAAAGCUCCAAAAUAAUGUUGCUAAGCAUGAAAAGUCGGUUUCUAUGAUGGAAUCAAUGAAUCAGUCGAUUCAAAAUAUCGAAAGUGAAAAAAGUGAACUUCAAAAUCAAUUACAGCAAUACCAACAAGAGAUUGCAAAGCGCCUGAAGGAAAUUGAAGGUCUCCAGAAGCAAACAGAGACACUUUUCAAUAAAAACAACACUUUACAAAACGAAAAUUCUGCUUUAACCGAAAAUUUGUCACAAUUACAAGACAACUUAAGCAAAUCCAAGAAAGAAGCCAAGUCAUUACGUAAACAAGGCAUCACAGCUGCCAAAGAAGCUCUCAACUUCCAGCAGAACAUCGUUGCACUUCAAAAAUCUCUUUUAGAUGCACACCACGAAAUUGACGAUUUAAGGAGAGAUGUUGAAGACAAAAACAGUAAGAUCCAGGCCAAUGAAUCAAGGGUCAAAGAACUCGAAGACCAGAACCAACUUCUUGAAGACGAAAACAAAGAUCUCGAAGAAGAAGCACAACAAUACAUUUCUAACAAAGAAGAAGAAAUGAAUAAGAAGAAAUCAAACGAAGUCAAGAAACUCCAGACAUUAAUUGAUCAACUCAAACAACAGAAUGAUCAAUUACAACAACAAAACAAUGAAUUACAUGAUGAAAUUGAACAAAAAGAAGAAGAUUUGGCAAAAUUGGAAGAUGAAAAACAACAAAUUUUCCAACAAAAUCAACAAAGACAACUUAAGAUUAAAGAGUUAACAAAUAAGUCACAAAACAAUGAUGAGUUACAAAAUCAAAUCAAACAAUUAAAAUCUGAACUUGAAAAUACUCAAAAUCAAUUACAAAAAGUGACAAAUGAAAAAGGUGACAAAUCCAAAGAAAUUGAAGAACAAAACAAGAAACUCAAGAGCCAGAUUGAAGAGAGAGAUCAAAUGAUAUCCAAGCUGCAAGAUGAGAACCAGAAGAUUGCAGAAACAGCAGAACAAGCUGCAAUCAAAUCAUCAGAAACAAACAAGAAGUUGAGAGAACAAUUUAAGAAAGUUUAUGCAGAAAACACAUCAUUAAAGGCAAAGAAUGAGAAACAAGUACAAGAUUUGAUGCAGCAACUUGAUGAAAAAGAAAAACAAUUACAAUCAAAGAAAGAUGAAAAUUACAAACAAGAAAACGACCAAUUAAAGAAAGAAAACCAAGAUUUGAUGGAUAAAUUAAAGGAAAUCGAGAAUGAAAGGGUCGAAUUGGAAGAAGAUGUUAAGAAUGUAACAACAGAAAAAGAAGAUUUAGAAGAAGAAAUCGAAAAACUCAAAGAAAAAGUUGAUGUUUUGGAAGAUCAAUUAGAAACAUUAACAGAUGAACACAAGAAACAACAAGAAAAUCAUGAACAACAAAUCAAUAAAUCAAAUGAUGAAAACAUGAUGUUGAGAGACCAAAUGAAGAAGAUUUUCGCUGAAAACACACAGUUAAAGAACACAAACACAAACCAAGAAUUAGAACUUGCACAAAAGAACCAUGAUUUGCAGAGAAAACUCGAUGAAAAAGAUCAACAAAUCAAACAAAAACAAGAUGAAAUUGAUGAACUCAAAACGAAAGUUUUGGCAUCAGAAGAAUUCCAGAAAACAACAAAUGAUUUACAGAGAGUUGCUGAAGAACUCAAAGAGAAAACAAAGCAGAUCGAUGACUUAAAGAACAUAAAUGAAAAUCUCCAAAACAUCAAGAACGAUGAUCUCAAGAAAGCAAAUGAAGAAAUCCAAAACAAACAGAAACAAAUCGUUGAUUUACAAGAGAAAAUCAAAGAAACAAUCAAAGAAAACGAAGAACUCAAUCAAAAGAAUUUAGAAUUGGAAGAAGAAUUAGAAGCAUUAACAGAAGAGCACAAGAAACAACAAGAAACACAUGAACAACAAAUUAAUAAAGCUGUUGAUGAAAACACUAAAUUAAUUGAUCAAAUGAAGAAACUAAAGAACACAAAUACAAACCAAGAACUAGAACUCGCCCAAAAGAAUCAUGAUUUACAAAAACAAGUUAAUGAUCUAAAGAAAUCCAAUGAAGAUUUACUCAAUCAGAUCCAAAGCGAUGAUUCUAAAAAGACCAUUGAAGAUUUACAGAAACAAGUCAAUGAUCUUAAGAUUUCUAAUGAAUAUUUACUCAAACAAAUCCAAAACAAUGAUUCACAAGCACAAAUUGAAGAACUUAAGAAAUCCAAUGAUGAUUUACAGAAGAAAUAUGAUGAAAACGAGAAGAUUUUGAAGGAUUUGUUGCAAGAAAACAAUGCAUUGGAAGAACAAUUCAAGGAAAUCUCCAGAAUGAAUGAUCAUCUCAAAGGAGAAACAGAAAGACAAGAGAAUAUUAACAACAGAUACAAACAAUCAUCACAAAAGAAAGAUGAAGUAAUUUCAGAAUUACACAAUGAAAAUGACGAUCUUUCUAAAGAAAAUGAUGAUUUAACUAAAGAAAUCGAAGACUUAAAGACAAAGAUUUCUAAAUUAAAUGAGGACCACAAGAAGGAGAUCAAACAAUUACUCGACCAAAUCGAGCAAAAGAAUGAUUUAUUGACACAACAAAAUGAUUACGAGAAUUUGAUGAAAGAAAAUGAUGAUUUAGAUAAAGAAAAUGAAGAUUUAACAAAAGAAAACGAACAGCUUGUUGCAGAGAAAGAAACAUUAUGCCAAGAAAACGAAAGACUUAAGAAAGCUCUUGAUGAUUCCAAGAUAUUUGAUGAAAUACAGAAAGAAUUACAAGACAAAAUCGACAAUCUCGAGAAAGAAAACGAUAAUUUGAAGAAAGAAAAUGAAAAAAUCCAAUCAUUAAAGAACGCUCUUGAAUUGGCCAAAUCAACAUUUGAUAAAGAGAAAUCAAUAGAAGAUGAGAUCAGGAAACUCGAGAAAGAGCACAAAGACAUACAGAAACAGAUCUUUGGCGAUAAACAAAACGAAGAAGAGGAAGAAGAUUUGUCAGAUGAAAAUGAAAUGACGAAAAUCAGAAGAGAAGUUGAAGAUUUGAAGAAAGACGCUUUGAUACAAAUCAAAGUCAAUGAGAUACAGAGAUUAGAACAUGAGCUUUCUCAAGCACAAGAUAAUUCUGUACCUUUAGUCCAAUUCCAAUCAAUGGCCGAUAAUUUAGAACAAACAGUUGAAGAAAACAAACAACUCAAGGAAAAAAUGAAAUUAAUUGAUAAUGAACUAACAAACAAAUUGGAAUUCGAGAACUCUGAGCUUAAGAUUGAUCUCGAUAACUAUUCUAAACAGCUUGAUGAUGCUAAUGCAAAGAUCUCCAAGCUAGAAAAAGAAAAUAUUAAACUAAAAGAUAAAUUAGAAAAAGAAGAAUCAGAAAAAAGUGACAUGAUUAUUAAAUAUGAGAAUUUGAAGAUGGAAAAUGCUGUUUCAGGAGAUAUUGAUAAGAUCAAAGAUCAACUUAAAGACAAGGAAACAGAUAUAGUUGGUCUUGAAGCAGAAAGAAACACAUUGAUGAAGAAAUUAAGUGAAUUAGAAAAUAAAGUCCAAGAAAAUGAUGAAAAAAUCAAAGAAAUAGAAGAUCUCAAGAAAGAAAAUGAAGAACUUAAGGAACAACUCGAAAAUAACAACAAUGAUGUUGAAGAAAGACUUCAAAAUGACAAUAACAUGCUUAAAAGGGAAAUAACUAAACUUAAGAACAAAUUAGAGCUAUCAGAAGUCGAUAAAAAGAAGGCAGAUGAAGGUGUAAAGACAAUGAUGGAGAAAUACAAUAAGAUCUCCGAAGAAAAUAUGCUUCUAAAGCAUCAUAUCGAAGAAUUGUCACAAAAUAAAGAAGAAAAAAGUGACAAAGAAAAUUUGAAUGAAUCCAAACCUUUGUCAAGCGGAUUAGCAACACCUGUUAAAUCCAAAGACAGUUUCUUUGGUGAGGAUUCAUCUUCAGAUAAUCUCUUUAACAUCACACAACCACAUUCAUCAACUUCUUCUCCAAGAAGACAAUAUAUGGUCGAAGACGAAUUCGACUCAAAUAAUUCUCACAAAGAAGAAGAGGAAGAAAUCGAUGAAGUUAAGCCAGAGAAAGGAUUAAUAAACCUUUCAUUGGAUGCCAUCAAACAGAAGUACGAAAGGAGAAGAAGCAGUGCAGCACAACCAAAGAAAUCCGAUGAAGAAGAACAAACUAAAGAAGAGGAAGAAAUUGUCAGCGGAAUUGAAGUCAUUGACAAUUUGGAGCCUCCAAAGUCUCCUCUCCGCGAAAUUUCUGAGAAAGACUUGGAUGAGAACUUCCCAGAUGUUUCUUCAUCGAAUUCUCCACUUGAAAACGAAGACAUGAAACAAAUGUCUCCAAAGAUUGAGGCUGCGAAAUAUCCUGAUCCAAAGAUGUCUCCGAAAUCAAUUUAUGCUGUUCCUUCUUCACCAAAGAGAUCAAUGAUUGAGAACGAAAUUCAAUCAGAUGAUUUAGAACAGAUUGAUUCAUUCCAAUCUCCUGAAUCAUCCGAAUUCAACGUCGUUCCUCAUUCUCACGAUUCUUACGUUCUUCAAAACAAUUCAGAUACAAUUCCUGAAAUAAAUAUUGAAGAUACAUCUUCAAUGCAUUCCAACUCAAGCUUGGUAUCAAAUAACCAAGAAAACAAAGAAGAAAAUCAAAACGAAUUCCCAGAAGAAGAAAAUCAAAAUGAUUUAGUUGAAGAAGAAGAACAAGAGCAACACGAUAAAGAAGAACAAGAAAAUCAUGAUGAUUUAGUUGAAGAAGAAGAGCACGAAGUUAUUAAUGAAGAAGAAGAAGUUCAUGGAGAAGAGGAAGAAGAAAAGAAACCAGUUGAUAUCUCUGUCAGUUCAGAACACAGCGAAGAAGAUGUGGCUGAAGAGGAAGAGAAUCAAUUUGAAGAAGAAGAGGAAGGAAUGUAUCAAUACAUUCUUAUUAAUGAUGGAAGUGAAUUAGAUGAAGAAAAACCAAGAAGAAAUAUUGUUAUAGAAGAAGGAGUUGAAAGUGAAGAUGCUGAAGAAGAUGAAAAUGAUGUUUUAGAUCAAUAUGACAACUUAAAUGUUUUAGAGUUCUUGAAACAUCUCAAUUCAAGAGCUGCAGAUGGACAUUUAGAACCAGCAUCAGAACCAAAGGAAGAAGAGGAAGAGUUCGGUGAAGAAGAACAUUAUGAUGACGGUCGAAUCGAAAUUGUUGACGAGAAACAACUAAAAGGAACAGAAUCAGACGAACUUCGUUCAGAGGAUGAAAAUCAAAACAAUGAAGAAGAAAAAGUCGAGGAGGAAGAAGAUGCAUUAGCAAGUGAUGACAUCGAAGAGAAGGAAGACGAAAUGGAAAUUGUUCAUCCUAAUUUGAACGAUGUUUCUAAGACAGAUGAUUCAGAUGAAGAAUUAAUUAACAGAUUGCUUUCAAACAUGAGAAAGCGCGAUCAAGAAAAACAAUCAGCAGCUUCUGCUCCGGAGAACCCACAAGAGAAACCUUCUCCAAAGAAGGAAACAUCAUCAUCUCCAAAGAAAGAAAUAACAAUUUCUCCAAAGAAAGAAACAACACCUUCUCCAAAGAAAGAAACAACACCUUCUCCAAAGAAGGAAACAACAAUUUCUCCAAAGAAGGAAACAACAAUUUCUCCAAAGAAGGAAUCAACAGUUUCUCCAAAGAAAGAAACAGAAGUUAAAACAACUGAUUCUCCAAAGAAGAAUGAAUUGAACAUUUUCACUGAUGGAAAUGAAGUUAAUCUCAACGACCUUCUUGGAGCAUUAUCUAGUGAAGACUAUGAAGAAGAUGAAGGAGAUAUGUCAUUAAGUGAAAUCAUGAAACAGCUGAAUGAAUUCAAUCUUGAAGAAGAAGAUUAUGAUGAAGAGGAAGAAUCUAAGCAACAAUAG